AAAGUUGUAUAAAGAGAAAUGUGGAGACAGAAGCUAAGGAGAUUCUCCCAGGUCGCAAAAUGAAUUGUAUUGGUGAAAGUUGGGUGGACUCUGAGGAUGUCUGAGUAUUGACAUCACGAAUGGAACAGACUGAGAAAUCCAAAGUACAUGCUGAAAAAGGACUCUUAGAAAAGAUAAAGCUUUGCCUUUUAAGGAAACAACUGGCAUCUACCACCGACAGGAAGAGGUUUGACCACGACUUUGCCAUCUCUACCUCCUUCCACGGGGUGCACAAUAUUGUUCAGAACAGGAGCAAGAUUCGCAAGGUCAUCUGGUUUCUGGUCGUCCUGGGCUCGGUCUCACUCCUGUCCUGGCAGAUCUACAGUCGGCUGGCCAACUUCUUCACGUGGCCGAUCACCACAUCCAUAGAGGUUCAGUAUGUGGAAAGGAUGGAGUUCCCAGCUGUGACAUUUUGUAAUUUAAACAGGUUCCAAACAGAUGCUGUAGCCAAAUUCCACGUCGUUUUUAUCUUAUGGCAUGUUGUGUCCCAAGUCCUCCAUUCUCAGGAAAUCAGUGUCAAUUCCACUGGCUAUAAAGAGAGUAUCGAUUUUGUUGCCAGUCACCAAAACUUCAGCAUUGCCGAGUUUAUCAGGAACCACGGGUUUUAUCUCAAUAAUAGCACUCUGUUGGACUGUGACUUUUUUGGAGUGCCGUGUGGUCCAAAGGAUUUUGCACAUGUCUUCACUGAAUAUGGAAAUUGUUUUACUUUUAAUCAUGGUGAAACUCUCCAGGCAAAGAAUAAAGUGAGUGUCUCUGGAAGAGGCUUACGCUUGCUCUUCAACAUCAAUCAGGAGGAAUUCACUGAUAACCCAGCUCUUGGUUUUCUUGAUGCCGGAAUGAUCUUUGUUAUCCAUUCACCAAAGACGGUGCCACAGUUUGAUGGUUUAGGCUUGUCAACACCUGUGGGAAUGCACGCUCGGGUAACCAUCAGCCAAGUGAAGACAGUUCAUCAAGAAUACCCUUGGGGAGAAUGCAACCCCAACAUCAAGCUGCAGAAUUUUCGCAGCUACAGCACUUCUGGUUGCUUGAAGGAAUGUAAAGCCCAGCACAUAGAGAAGGAAUGUGGAUGUCUGCCGUUCCUGCUUCCAGGAAAUGGGAUAGAAUGUCACCUACAAAAAUACUACAAUUGUGUUUCUCCUAUACUUGACUCCAUUGAACUUAAGGAUUUAUGUACAGUGGGGACAUAUAACUCUAGCUGCCCUGUUUCUUGUGAAGAAACAGAAUACCCUGCCACUAUUUCAUAUUCCAAUUUCCCAAGUCGACAAGCUCUGAAAUAUCUUUCUAAGAAGUUGAAUAAAAGCCAAAAAUAUAUCAGAGAGAAUCUUGUAAACAUUGAAAUAAACUAUAGUGAUUUGAACUACAAGAUAACCCAGCAGCAAAAAGCAGUCAGUGUGUCUGAGUUACUUGCAGAUGUCGGCGGUCAGCUGGGGCUAUUUUGCGGGGCCAGUAUCAUUACAAUUAUAGAAAUUAUUGAAUAUAUAUUCACCAAUUUCUGCUGGAUAUGCAUUUUCUUUUUGCUGAAGAUACCUGACAUGACACAGUGGUCUCCCCCACCUCAAAAUCACCUGGGAGAUAAAAACCAAAUAGAGGAAUGCUAAUGUUCACAUGGAAUAAAAGUGGUUACUUUUCUCUUCACGA